GUCUCCCCCUUGUGAGAAUUUAAAGCACUGAAUGUAGUCGUGCUGGAAAUGCCACAGAACUUCACAUCCAUUUCUGCUGUGUACUCGUGACAAGUGUAACAACGUCUGUGCCGUCGCUGGCUGUGCUCUGUAUCGUCCGUUUGUCCUUCCUGUCUUUUCCGGACUGCCUGAGUCUCUCCUCACUCCAUGGAGAGCCCUGUAAAUGGCUGAGGAGUUGUGUACUGGCUGGUUCCGCAUUGUCGCAGGCUCGUUGGAGAUUGAGGAAUGCAAAUCUGCAAUCAUGAUGGAAGGAUUGAAAAAGCGUACAAGGAAGGCCUUCGGGAUACGGAAGAAAGAGAAAGACACUGAUUCUACGGGAUCGCCAGACAGAGAUGGGAGUUCACAGAAGAAGACUAAUGGAGCUCCAAAUGGGUUCUAUGGCGAGAUUGACUGGGAACGAUAUAACUCCCCUGAGGUUGAUGAUGAAGGAUACAGCAUUAGACCAGAGGACGACGAAGGAGCCGUCCCCAAAGUCAAGACUCACUUUUUUUCAUCCAGUGAGUCAGAAGAGGAGGAGGACCACCGGAAGAGGUUCAAGAUCAAGAUCAAACCUCUACCUGCAGACAACUCAAACUGUACGGAACCUACAGUAGAUGAACUAAAAGCUUCCAUAGGCAACAUAGCACUGUCUCCCUCUCCAAUGAGGAGUAGUCCGAGACGUAGCCCGGGCCUGAUGAAAAGAAACAUAUCCAGUGAGGAGAUAGCGAGGCCGAGACGCGCAACGCCCACGCCAGGCCCUGCUCCAGAUGCCCCAAGUAAGGCAACUCCUGUACCAGAGGAUGCAACUGCCUUAUUUGGCCCACCCCUGGAGACAGCCUUUGAAGCACAGAAAACAGAAGUGAUUGUAGGUGAACCAGAAGUGUGGGGUGCACAUGUAUCUGAGUCACACCCCGACUCUCCUUUGGCGAGAACUUUUCCCACUGGAACUCCACCUCCACUUCCCCCCAAGAAUGUCCCAGCCACGCCCCCUCCCUCUGGCUCCCCCUCAGCAGACUCCUCUGUGGUCUCCCAAGAUGAAGAUGACAAGAAGGCUGUCUCCAGUCCUCAGGACAACCCUUCUGAGGGAGGGAGAAAGACGUCCAUCGCCGAUUUGGACAACCUCUUCGGCCCGGUGCGGAGCAGCGAGCUCGGGGAGGAGGCCAACGACAGCAAAUGGGUCCACUUCUCCGACGAGUCUCCAGAGAGGCCGCUGCCUCCCCAGGACCCCGCCCCGCCUCUUCCCACCAGCCCGCCCCCGGACUCGCCGCCCCGCCUCCCCCGGGGCCCCCCAGCGGAGGAGGCGUCGGACUGUCCCACCAGUCCUCCUCCGACAGAUACGUCCGCGCGCUCCGUCCCACCCCCGCUCGUCCUGGCCGAGGAGGAGAAGAAGAACCCCGAGGCGUCGGCGCCGAGGGAGGACCUGGCAGAGUCCACGGCCUCGCCCAAAGACUUCACCCAGGGGCCUCGCGCUACGCCUCCCCCUCCACCGCCUCCCACGUACAGAGCAGUAGUGUCUUCCCCUGGGCCCUGCUCAGGAACAGGAACGAGCAGUGGCGCCAGCUCCCCGGCACGCCCUGCUACGCCAUUAUCUGGCAGCAGCCCAACCCCGCCCCCUCCCCCUCCUCGGCCGUCGUCAAGACCCAAGCUGCCACCUGGGAAACCAAGCGUCGGGGAUGUGACCCGGCCGUUCAGCCCCCCUGUCCACUCCUCCAGCCCCCCGCUCGUCAUCGCCCCUCUGGCCCGAGCGGAGAGCACCUCCUCCAUCUCCUCCACCAACUCCCUGAGCGCUGCCACCACGCCCACCGUCGAGAAUGACCAACCUUCCCUGGUAUGGUUUGACAGAGGAAAGUUUUAUUUAACUUUUGAAGGCUGUUCCAGAGGACCGAGCCCCCUCACUAUGGGUGCCCAGGACACCCUGCCUGUGGCGGCCGCCUUCACCGAAACAGUCAACGCCUACUUCAAGGGAGCAGACCCCAGCAAGUGUGUGGUGAAGAUCACGGGGGAGAUGGUGCUGUCCUUUCCAGCCGGGAUAACCAGGCAUUUUGCCAAUAACCCCUCCCCGGCCAUCCUAACAUUCAGCAUAACAAACUACAGCCGGCUGGAGCAUGUCCUGCCUAACCCCCAGCUGCUGUGCUGUGAUAGCACACAAUCCAAUGCUGACUCCAAGGAAUUUUGGGUGAAUAUGCCAAACCUCAUGAUCCAUUUAAAGAAAGUUGCAGAGCAGAAACCCCAGGCGACAUACUACAAUGUUGAUAUGCUGAAAUAUCAGGUGGCUGCCCAGGGUAUUCAGUCUACACCGUUGAACCUGGCGGUCAGCUGGCGGUGUGAACCCACGACCACAGAUGUCAGAAUAGAUUAUAAAUACAAUGGGGAAGCCAUGACCACGCCCGUGGCCCUCCACAACGUCCAGUUCCUGGUCCCUGUAGACGGAGGAGUGACCAAACUCCAGGCAGUGCUUCCCCCAGCUGCGUGGAAUGCAGAACACCAGAGAAUCCUGUGGAAGAUUCCUGAUAUUUCACAGAAGUCUGAAAACGGAGGUGUGGGGUCGCUCCUGGCCAGGUUCCAGCUGACGGAGGGGCCCAGCAAGCCCUCAGCCCUGGUUCUCCAGUUCACCAGUGAGGGCAGCACUCUGUCAGGCUGCGAUAUCCAGCUGGUGGGAGGUGGAUACAGGUUCUCCCUCAUCAAAAAGAGGUUCGCUGCAGGAAAAUACAUUGCUGACAAUUGAUCCGCACAACUGAACAUUACAAUGAAGACCAUUUUAUUGGAUUGUGUGAGGAAUUAAGAUUAAGGACCCUUCAGAUUGCCCAACACUCUUAACCUUCAUGAAAAUUGCAUAACGAAGGCAAGUCCAACAGUAUUAUUUAACAUGAAAAUAGAAUUAAGGUGUAAGGUGUAAUUAUCGUAAUAUGUAUCAUUUGAGAACAUUUGCAUUGCUGGAAACACCUGGGUUUCUUUUUGAGAUUAGCAACUGUUUCCUCAAAGUGUUUGUCAACCUUUUCACUGCAGUGGCUAACUGCAGCCAGUAACCCUGGAUCCUGCAUUACAUCAUACUGAAUCUGGAAAGUUUCACUUUACAUAUUCACAUGGUCAUAUAGGGGCUCUCUCUGCAUGUUCAUUCAUGAGUGCUCAGGGAUGUGAUGAAAUGUAUUUCAGCGAUAUGGUUUGGGGAAAAGUGAAAUUUGUGGUUAUGCCUUUGAGUGCCCUUAACAAAUUCAGAUUGAUGAAGAAAGAGAAGAUCUUUGUACAUUGAAUAUAUUUUCCAUUAAAACACUGUUGCAGA